AUGCCGUUGAUCGUAGUGUCGGGCCUCCCGACGUCUGGCAAAACGCACCGCGCGAAGCAGUUGCAAGCCCACCUCGCCUCCCGCAUCGCGGCUGCGGCCGCCUCCUCCUCGACGCCGGCUGAGGGCGGCAAGCAGCCACCGUACAGGCUCCACUACAUCUCGGACUCGACCCUCUCGAUCCCGCGCGACGUCUAUGACCUCGACCCGCAAAAGGUGCGCGCGCACACGCGGUCGGCCAACGCCUCGGAGAAGGACGCCCGCGCCGCCGUCUACGGCGCCGUGAAGCGCGUGCUCUCGGACCGGGACAUUGUCAUCCUGGACGGGCUCAACUACAUCAAGGGGUGGCGGUACCAGCUGCACUGCGAGGCCAAGGCCGUGAAGACGCCGAGCGUGGUGCUCCAGAUCGGGUGCGGAGUGGAUAGGGCGAGGGGCAUCAACGAGGAGAGGUUGAGGAAGAGGAGGAGAAGAAGAAGAAGCGAGGGCGAGGGUGCCCCUACGGCAACGGCAGCGGCGACGGCAAUGACAACAACAACAGCGCCGGCGAUUACGACUACGACUACGACCACGGGGACGGCGGAGGACCCCGCCACGAACGACAGGACAACGACAGACGCCGGCGGUGGGGAGGAGGAGGAGGAGCCUUACGAGCCGGACAACUGGGAAAACCUCGUGCUUCGGUACGAGGAGCCGAACCCGAUGACGCGCUGGGACAGCCCGCUAUUCACGCUCAUCUGGGACGACGACGCCGCGCAGGCGGCCCGGGUCUUUAACGACGUCUGGGACGCCAUCGCGGGGACCGGGCGCAAGGCCGUCAAGCCCAACCAGGCGACCGUCCAGCGCAGCCGCGACGCCGGCGGCGACUACCUGUACGUGCUCGACCGUGAGACGCAGGACGUCGUCCGGCGCGUGCUCGAGGCGCAGGGCGAGGGCGGGGAGGAUGGCGGGGAGGUCACGGUCCCGCGCGGGGCCGCGGGGGCGGGAGCGGGAGCGGGAGCGGGGACGGACGAGGGCCUGGUCGUGAGGCUCCCCGGACGUAAGGUCGGGCUGCCGCAGCUGCAGAGGCUGAGGAGGGCCUUUGUCGGCCUGAACCGCGGGGGCAUCGGGCUCGAGGGGGUCGGGAGCUUCAGCGUGGAGAGGAUGAGGGAGAGUUUCGUUGGGUACCUGAACGAUUCGUUCGACCAGGAGGGCUGA